AUGUCUCACAUAAUGAAAAAUGAUGUAGCCUUUGGAUUCAACAUGGUUGGGAAAAAAGGGAAAAUGCCAUUUGGAAGUUCAAAAUUAUUCGAGAUUGUAUACAGAUUAGUCAAAAAAUGCUUCAAUUGGAGAGGUCAUGAAAAGAAAUGUGGAGUUAGCAGUGGCAAAAUGGUUGACUGCCCAUGUAAAGCCCUUUUUACAUUCUCUUAUUUUCCCACAUGGGUCCCACGCGAAUUGGGCGGUCAUUUUGUUACCGGUCCCACGUGGGCAGCCCAUAUGAGGCCUAUAUGUCAGCCCACCUGUGACCUAUAUAGGUCCCAUUUUUUAUUGUUCACUGGGGAGAGCUGCGAUAAAAACGAGAUGUAA